AUGCUGCGGAUUGGAGGAUCUGGGAGUCCAGGCAUUGUCCUGCCACUGGGCUGGGACCUGGAGGGGCUGCUGGCUAAGGGUGAAAUAGUACUGAGGUUUCUCCUUUCCUACCUCCUAGGCCUGAAGAUCCCUCUGUGGAAAAAGGAGCCAGGGGAACUCCUGGAUGAAGAGGCAGAGGAGAGUGACGAUGAAGAGGAGGAGGAUUCAGAGGAGAAAGAUUCAGAUGAGGCAGAGAAAACUUCACAGAAGGAGGCAGAGUACUGGGAAUCUGGGCAGGAGCUUCAGGACGGCGACGGGAAAGACAAGGGCUCAGUGUCUUACUGCCCGCUCCGCCAAGAGCCCAGCUUGCCUGAUGUGUCGGGCCUGAGGCACUCCGAGAGUGGAUUCUGGACCUGGCUCAGUCCCCUCACCCUCCUAUCCAAUCUGGCCUUCCCCAUGGACAGGAAGAGGAUCCUGCCGGGGGAGGUGUGUCUACAGGAGAAGCAGCGGUCUAAUGAAGGGCUCUGUUCCCGCUGUGAGAUUCUCUUCUGCAGGAAAUGUGAGACUCUGCACUGUGACCCUGGAUAUGUUGAGCACUGUAUCCUGGACCACUGGGAGGGUGGAUAUAUCCAUUACAAUAGUGUCCACUGGGGCAGCGUCAUGCCGUGUUCCUUCCAUUUUCCUUGA